AAGCUGAGGUUAAUAAGUAUAUUGCUAGACAACAGGCUGAAUUGUAUUUGGGGGAAUCAGACUUAGAAAAUAAAGCAAAAUUAAGAAUACCAAUUGGUUAUGAGUUCUUUCCCCAAUUUAGAGAAGAAGGUGAUGUUUUAGUUGAUAAAACUCUCUUGAUUAAAGCGGUUUUGGAAAGCCCAGCCCAAGUAUUGCUCAUUACUCGACCUCGCAGCAUGCUAAAAACCUUUUUGGAAAUUGAGGUGGACGAAAACGGCCACCCCUUAACUCGCGAACAAAGUCUGAAUUACAAAUUUUUUGGAGGUGGUAUAGUAAAAGGUGGUUAUGGGGGACCAAAAAAUCUUAAGCCUUUGAAGAUUAAAAUCGAAGAUAGUUUAGCUAACCGAGUUAUUCGGGAAGCCUUCGAAGAUUAUCGUUACUUAACCAAAAGUGUUCGAUUGAGUUCCGAAGAUAAACAAUUAUUCCAAAACUAUCUCCGCCCUGAAAAACUAAGUUUAGAACAAAUAAAAAAUGGUUUACGCCUUCUAAGCAAAUUGCUUUACAAACACUUUAACCAAAAAGUCUUUAUUUUGAUUGAUGAACAAGACUCCAUAAUUAAUCAUCUACUGAAGCUUUUACAGGACAUAAUACAAAUAACUUUCCAAAACAAUCCUUACUUAGAAAAGGGAAUAUUAACGGGAAUUCUACGAACUAAGCCCGACAUAUACGCUAAACUUGAUAAUCUGACCGAGUAUAAUCUCUUAAAUCCUAAUUUGAGUGAAUAUUACGGCUUUUUACCCAACGAAUUAGACGAACUCUUAAACCAAGGUAUAAUUAAGCAUUUAGUUAAUCAAGUAGCUUUGGAUAAAAUUCGGGAGGAUGAAGUGGUUUUUUAUAGUUUAUUGGUUUUUACUGGCUAUUUAAAUGCUCGACCGAUUGAUGAUCAAUAUUAUGAAUUAAGUAUUCCUAACCAGGAAAUUAGAACUUUUUAUCGGGAUAAAUUAACUGAUUGGAGUAGUCCUAACCAUGCUUUUAUUUUGGGGCAUAAAAUUUGUGAUAAAGACGAAACCCUAGAUUUGGUUGCCAAAAACAUUCUCAAACAAAUUAAGAAAGAAGCUUAUGAGAAACAAAUGAAACAAAAUUUCCCAAGUGAAAAAAUCUUUAAAUUGGCUUUGGUUUUGCGAGGCCCAGAGUCAAAAGACUGGACCGAAAGUCAAAACCAGAUUUCAACCAGUAAAGAAAAACUCCAAGAAAGGGCGAAAGAAGGGCAAUUUGUUUGCUGUAAAAGCCUAAAUCUGAGUAUGCUGAAAUACUUUUUUGAAUUGGAAGUUGACUCGGAAGGACGACAAUUAUCUCCCGAAAAAAAAAAACAACCCCCAACUUUUUUUCGGCGGCAAGAUAAAAAACUGGCUGUAGACAAAGAAUCAAUGGAAGAACAAGGCCAGUAUCCGGUAAUUCUUUUCAAUCUGAAAAACACUAGGGGUAAAAGUUACCAAGAAAUCGAAAACAAAGUUAAAGAUAGAGUAAUAAAAUUAUUCGCCGAUUAUCUUUAUUUGGAGGAUUGCUUAAAGCCUGAUUAUAAACUUCUGAGUUCGGCUCAAAAAGAAAAAUUUUCGUUUGUCUACUUCACUCAACCCG